AAUGCGGUGGACAGUUGAACACGCCAACUGGUGUAAUCACAUCCCCCAAUUAUCCCAAUCAGUACCCUCAUAGACGGUUGUGUACAUGGGAAAUAACUGUGCCUUUGGGCAGGAGAGUUACUCUAACAUUUAACGAUUUGCGUUUGGAGAGACCUUCCUGGAGAUACUGUUCUUGGGAUUAUAUAGAAGUUUUCAAUGGGUACUAUCGAAAUUCCCCUUCGCUGGGUCGAUUCUGUGGUGAGAUAAUCCCAACACAACCUGUGGAAUCUUCAGGUAAUAUGAUGAAGAUUUUGUUCCGCACUGAUGGAUCUGUAAGCAAUGGAGGUUUCC